AGGUGCGCAAAAGCCAUAUCGUUGAUGCGAGGAUGCCUCGUGCCGUGCCAACGAGACGAGGCCUGCAGGCUUUGGCCCUCGUACUUGCUACCGCCUAUGUCACCAUUCUUCUAUAUCAGGCAGUGGCACCUCGUCAGUGGAUCGAAGAGAUGAGCAGCGAGGUUAAUGGUAGAAACGAGCCGUUGAUCGAAGUAUCGGCAGCGUCUAGAAGGAUCGUAAUCGGCGAAGGAGGAUCGGCUAUGACACCACCGCUCGCUACGGCCACGAUGGUACCCUUCUCGACGAAUCUGGAUGAUGUGUUUAUCAGCGUUAAAACUACCAAGCACUAUCAUCGUUCUCGUUUGCCGGCCAUUAUUGGCACAUGGUUUCAAUUUGCCAAGGAUCAGACAUGGUUUUUCACCGAUCGAGAGGAUCCAUACUUUCAGAAUCAAACGAAUGGUCACAUGAUCGACACCAAGUGUUCGUCCUCUCACAAUAGACGAGCCCUUUGCUGCAAGAUGUCCGUCGAGUUUGACAGAUUUCUCGAUAGCGGCCGAAAGUGGUUCUGCCACUUCGAUGACGAUAAUUACGUGAACGUACCACGCCUUCUGAAGCUCCUGGACAAUUACAACCCACGGGAGGAUUGGUAUCUUGGUAGGCCUUCGAUACCAGCCCCUUUGGAAAUCAUCAGGCAGGGACCAGAGCCAUCGAAACGACCGCAAAAGGUCAGAUUUUGGUUCGCUACAGGCGGAGCUGGAUUUUGCAUCAGCAGAGCACUAGCCCUCAAAAUGACGCCGCUUGCUGGAGGCGGAAAGUUCAUCACCGUAGGCGAUAGGAUCAGGCUUCCCGAUGACGUAACCAUGGGAUAUAUCAUCGAGUACCUUUUGAAGAAGCAGCUGACGGUGAUCGAGCAAUUUCAUUCGCAUUUGGAACCGAUGAAGUUUCUCAACAAGGACACCUUUCACGAGCAGGUAUCUUUCAGUUAUUCGAAAGGCGCACGAGAUGAAUGGAAUAUUCUUAAAAUCGAUGGGUUCGAUACGAAGGAGGAUCCAAGAAGAUUCAAAUCUAUCCAUUGUCAUCUCUUCCCACAUCUACCGAAUUGUCCGCACAGGUGAUGAUAUCAGGGACGACGAGAGUCGUUAAUGAACGAAAGAAGAAACGUGGAAGGAAAUUCGUUAACGAGAAUGCGUAUUUUCUGAAUCAAAUCCGAUCUCGAAUCGCUCGGACCUUUUUCCAUCGAUCGGUACACAAGCCGAUAACGAAAUUAAAGCGAUAAGAUAUCCCCUUACUUCCUUGUAUUUCUUGCCGUUCGUAAUAUUUCAUAUAGAUAAAGAAGAUGCCUUUAAUUCUGGAAAUAUUUGAACAAUUUGUACAUCAGUUUCGUCAGCUCGUUUGCAUAGAUAGUAAUUAUAGUAAGAAUGUAAUUAGUCCUUUAGUUCUUUCUAGACUCGCUUUAAGCAUUUAAUGGUAAACUUUAGUGAAUUUUUGGUUUGUUCUUUUUAAGAAAAAUAUUAAGGAUAUCGACGUUUCAUAAGAUAAGUUUGGAAUAGCAAAUUGUAAAAUUGUAUAAUACGAUAAUCAAUCUCUUUCGCGAGAGUUAAAAUUAUCGAAUAUAUAUAUAUAUAUAUAUAUAUAUAUAUAUAUAUAUAUAUAUCUAUGUGUGUGUGUGUGUGUGUGUGUGUAUGUAAGGAAGUUACAUAUCUUACGUUAAGAAAGCGAGAAAGAUGUAUUUAAAACGUAUGAAUCGAGAAAUAACACGUUGUACAUAAUCAUAAAAUAGGCGGCAAAUGACGUGCGCGUUUCUCGUGAUCGAGAAACGAAAUUAUUUUACGCUAGUCCAUCGCGAUGAGAAGUUUGCUAAAUCGUUGACGCCUGUACGCGCGAGUAUAUUACAAAAGUGAUGCAUAUCUGUACAUAACGAGUAAGAAUCGAUAGAGCGACGUCUUUAAUACAGGUUCCUCUGCGAUAUAUAUGUUACUUUUUGACGGGACUUCGAAGCGACGAGCGUACGGUGUGCAAUAUUUGUGCGAAUUAUGGCAAUUUGUAUUAUCUCUAAUAGCAGUCACUUAUAAUCGGGACCAAAAGUUGAAAGCUUUUUCUUCUUCGUUUCUUUUUUUUUUCCGCCAUUGUCAUUUCCUGUUCCGGAUAUUUUCUAAUUUAUUUGCACCUAACGCAAACUGAUCGAAAUAUAAAAUUCUUACGAAACGUGAUUCAUAUAAGAUGAAAUCAGGUCGGCCUGUUGUAUACGUAGUAGAAAAUUUAUGGUGGUGCUGGAAACACGAAAUGUAAGAUACAACUACGUUGCGCAAUGAUGUUUUAUAUAAGCUGUACAUAAAUC